AUGGGAUCUGAGUUGACAUACAGGCGGCACGAGCCUCAACCCACGUCGGAUUCUUACUCGCCGAAGCCGAACAAGCCAUGGCUCGCUGUCACUCGCCUUGUUCGUUACAUGCUCCGGGAACAACGGCUUGUUUUUGUCCUCGUCGGCAUUGCCAUCGCCACCUCCGUCUUCGCGAUCCUUCAUUCCUCCACCAACACCUCCACAGGCCGCAUGACCGAUGCCUACUCCGUCUCUGAAUCGGUCCAAAUGACAAACCCGAGACGACCCGUUCUUCAUGCUGGAAUCGAGUCGUUCAAUAUGGGCGGGAAGAUUCCUUUAGGUCUGAAAAGGAAGGGAUUAAGGAUUGUGGUGACUGGUGGCGCAGGUUUUGUCGGAAGUCAUCUGGUUGAUCGGUUGAUUGCGAGGGGAGAUAGCGUGAUUGUUGUUGAUAAUUUCUUCACCGGGAAUAAGGAUAACGUGAUGCAUCAUUUUGGGAACCCUAGAUUUGAGCUAAUUCGACACGAUGUUGUUGAGCCCUUACUACUUGAAGUCGAUCAGAUUUAUCAUCUUGCUUGCCCUGCAUCCCCUGUUCAUUACAAAUACAAUCCCAUUAAGACAAUCAUAUCCUUAAUUACUCUCAUUCCGUCACCAUUUAACUUCAAACUUUCAUUUUAUUAUUACUAA